GGAACGUAUACAUAAGGCUUUGCGCACAAAAAAUGGAGGAAAUAUUAGGAAUAGGAAUAAAUAUUGAGAUUUCUCUCAAUCUACUAGAAACCGCGUAUUCCGAUGUAAUCUGAUAUCUGAUAGAUUGAAAUCUUAAUCUAGAUUUCACACAAUCUAUCAGAUAGAUUGAAAAUAAAAUCUUUAUUCCUGUUCUUAAUAUUUAUUCUAUUGUGCGCAGGCCCUAUAUCGAGUCGAAAUGACAGAUAUUUUAACCUCUAAAGUCUCGAACUUUAACGCUUAAUAAUUUGAUUCAUGAGGCCAACCGCCGCGUUUUUCUGCCAGAUUCUUUCAUUUUAAGUGAAUACGCGUCGAUUGAGAACAUAUUUAUUAAGAUUUUAGGAAGAGGAAAGUUUACAAAUUAAAAACACUUUUGUUCAUAUAAUGGCUGGAAAUUGCAAGAGAGUAGUAUUGUGUAAAGGAUUAUCUGAAAAGAGCAAUCAGGAAACAUAUAGCAAGACAUUGGAAUCAGCCGGUUAUAAUUGCGAAUGUUUACAAACUUUGAAAUUCGAAUUUGUGAAUAUUUCGGAUCUGCGAGCAUGUUUGUCAGUAGCUGACAGAUAUAGUGGUUUAAUAUUAACUAGUCCUCGUACAGUUGAAGCUAUUGUAUUAGCAGUAAAAGAAGAUGCUAGUAUCCUGUAUCAUUGGGAACAGAUGCCAACGUACUGUGUGGGAUCUGUGACUGAGUCUCUCGCAAGAAAUCAACUUAAUUUGCAACAUUGUGUAGGCAGUCAGUCUGGUAAUUCAAAACAACUGGCUGAAAAAAUUAUUCUUGAUAUGAAGAAAGAUUCCAAACCAUUAUUGUAUCCAUGCAGUGAAAUUGCACGUGAAACUAUCUCUUGUACUGUCGGAGAUAGUGGAAUUUCAAUAAAAAAGAUCAUAGUUUAUAGAACAUUAGAGAGCGAAACUCUUGAACAAGAAUUACCAAAAAUACUCGAGAAAUCUCCCAGUAUAUUUGUUUUUUUUAGUCCAUCUACAGUUGAGCAUAUUACAGCACAACUUAAGAGAAAUUUCUAUAAUGUCAAAGAUAUAAAAGCAGUAGCAAUAGGACCUGUAACAAAAGAUGCAUUAAUUGAUUCUGGUUUUAAUGUAUAUGCCACUGCGAAUAAACCUGAACCAGCAGCUUUGAUGCAAGCGAUCACAACUGCUGAUUCUAUAGAAAAUUUUAAAAAGAAUAAUUUAUGACAUGACGUCUUUUGGGUUGUUUGUCAUAAAGAUCGAUCAUGAAAAGCGGCAAACACA